ACUCAGAAGCAACAUCCCCACCAUCCACCCUUUGCUUCCGAAUCAUUUUUACCCACACGUUUCCCUCAAUGAAUGACCAUGUGCUAACCAUUAUCAUUUUUUCGUUUUUCCAAUUUUUCUCCACCUCCCUAAACCCAAAACAUUACCGUCGUCGUCGUCCACGAAUUACCCACUCCCUCCAGCAACCAAUCCGAUCCUAUAUGUGCUGUCUCCUGAAGUUCAAUGUUACUGCUUCUGUCUGACUGAGUGAGACUGACCCUUACGCACUUCCCGAUUCUUCUCUCUGUGUAUUGGUAGCACUCUGAGUUCCGCCACUUCAUUCAUCCCUCUUGGGAAAGAAUCCACCCGAAAAAAAGUAUAAUACAAUCACCAUCACUUUCGAUUUCGUUGUUCCCCGCGUUCCGAUUCGGUUCACGUGCAACCACUCACUUUGAGAGCUGGGCCCUGGCCCUAGUCCUACCACCACCACUCAUAGUCACUCCGAGUGUAACUGCGCCUAUGUCGUAUAGGAUUUCUUGCUGCAAUUGCUUGCCUUUUUUGCUUGUUCCUUCUUUCGAGCCAGCAUUUCCCCCGUUCCGUUCGUUCGUCGUCGUCGUCGUCGUCGCCGCCGCCGCCACUGCUACCACCACCGACGUCGAUGAGGGUCAUCCCGAAAAAUAGAACUUCAAUGCACUCGUCACCGCCGUCGGGGUCACACAUUAUCGGAAGAAAAAAAAAUCUCGGAUCAGUUUUUACAGUCAUUGCAACGAGCGAGGAGGUGACACGAGCGACUCGGUCCGAAGAAUAGCGCGAGCGGUGUCGAACGGGAUCAAAUUGCGUGACGAUUGGGGACGUUUUGGGUGAUUUUUUGUAUUGCGCGAGGAAGAGUUAUCUGGAUUUUUUACUGGGAAAGUGACUUGAUAAGUGGUGUUAGGUAGUGUGAAAUACAAAGAAGACGAUUCAGCGAAAAGGAUUACCGGGAUUCAUCUGACAUAUAAAGUGAUUGGAGUGCCUAACGGAACAGUUGAAGUGGAUUUUGGAUAUUUGACGAUCAGAAUGAACAGUUGCUGACGAGUUCGAGAACAAUUUAAGUGACUUCAGCAGUGACCCAUCAAGAAAUGCAGAACUUCAGCUCAAUCAUGGCCAGUUCGUUGGUUCAACAUCAUCAGCAGCAACAGCAACAUCAAUCGCAGCAACAACAGUCUAGUGGAAACAGUUGGUACGAUAUGACCAUCAAGUCGGAACCGAUGGAAGCAUCGAAUAACUAUGGUCAGCAAUACCCAAGUCAUCAUCAUCUUCAUCACCAUCAUCAUCAGCAAGAUACGCCGAUGACCCACUCGAGCCCGACAUCUCCCCAAAGUGUAGACAGCAUGGACUCGAUGAGUAGUCGUGGUCAGUACUACGAGACAAAACCUUCGAAUGGGAUGAUCCAUGGGUUCAAUCCACUCGGGUUCAACCCGUUAACUCCACCUGGAUAUGCUGGAUUGUUUGUUCCACCUCAAACGCAGUUAGCGAGACAGACAACUCCUAAUCGAAGUUAUGUUAAACAAGAAUCCAGCUACGUAACAUCUACGCUUACUCCAACGCACACCCCGCCUAUGGACGUAACUCCACCGAAGUCCCCCAAAGAAAGUGCUGGAACACCAGAAAAGGAGGAUGACAACGGCUCAGAGUGCGGAGAGUCUUACGAUGGCAGCGAAGACGAAGAUGGAAUCAGAAAGCCGAAAAUCAACUCCCACGGCAAGGUCAAGAAGUUUAAAUGCAAACAGUGCGACUUCGUAGCAGUGACAAAGCUCAGCUUCUGGGAACAUACCCGAGGUCACAUAAAGCCGGAGAAGAUGCUGACCUGCCCCAAGUGUCCUUUCGUAACCGAGUACAAGCACCACCUGGAGUACCACCUGAGGAAUCACCAGCGAUCCAAACCAUUCCAAUGCCCCAAGUGUAGCUACAGCUGUGUCAACAAGUCUAUGCUCAACUCCCAUAUGAAGUCCCACUCCAACGUGUUCCAGUACCGCUGCGCUGACUGCAACUACGCCACCAAGUACUGUCAUUCCCUCAAACUACACCUCCGGAAGUACUCCCACAAACCGGACGUAGUUCUAAACCUGGACGGAACACCCAACCCGCUGCCCAUCAUCGAUGUCUACGGCACCCGCCGAGGGCCUAAAAUUAAAUCACAAAAAACUCAACCUCCAAAAUCAGAAAACCACCAGCCACAACUCCCCGCCCAAACCCCGCUAACUCCCCAGUCCCACCAAACCAACCCCAUUCAAUCGGCCUUCACUCCCCCCAGUUCCCAACCCACAAACCUCUCACGAACCCUCCUCCCGCACCAACUGCUCCCGAACCCACUGGCCAACAUGUUCAAAAACGCCGCCUCCAACAACCUCUCCCUCUUCCCGUACCUUAACCUCAACUUCCAGAUGUUCGCCGACCAGCAAGCCGCCAUGGCCCAACUCUCGCCCAACUUCCACCAACACCUCUCCUCUCACCUCACCGACAAACUCACCAGCGAAGACUCUUCCGAACCACCCUCCAAGUCCUCCUCCAUCUCCCCAAGCUCCCCCCUCCGUAACCCAUCCACCACCCUCAGCGAGGAACUCCUCAAGCAAAUCACGGCCGCCGCCGCUGACAGUUCCAACCUGAAAUCCUCGGAAACCGACUCUGAACCCGCACCUCCCCCUCCCGAAGACCUCUCCGCACCUCAGACACCCCCCACCAAGUCCACUCCUGUCCCACCACCCUCCCUUCCCACCAGCUCCGGCAAAAGCCGCCGCAAAGGCCGCGCCUUCAAACUCGAACGCCUGUCCGACUUCACCAAGGCCCUCGAGUCCGCACCGGCCCCAAUGGACCAAUCGGACGACGAACACUCCAACACCUCCACCGCCCUGAAUCCCCCUACCCAUCCGUCCACCACCACCACGGUCGACACCUCCGUACAAACCUGCCCGGAAACACCCCCGCCACCUACGGCUCGAACCUUCGAGUGCAAGUACUGUGACAUCAGCUUCCGGGACGACGUCCUCUACACGAUCCACAUGGGCUACCACGGGUACGACGAGGUCUUCAAGUGCAACAUGUGCGGCGAGCGGAGCGACGACCGGAUCGGGUUCUUCCUGCACAUCGCGCGGAAGGCACACUGAUGAUCUAGUCUCGCUAGUGUUGUUGUGGCGGAAAUCCAACGAUCGAAGAAGCAGAAGACUGAAACCUGUUCUAGUUGUUAAGCGUGUGUGUGUGUGAUGUCAAUCGUAACGAACGAGCAAAGAAUCAAAACAAAUUUACUCAAGGGAUUAAGAUUACCUGAUAAGACCAAAUAAGUGCAUGUCGAACAUUAUUGUAAAAAGUUUAGGGAAAUUUGUAAAACAUUCAGGAAAUCCGAGCAUAAAAUCAAAGAAUAGGUUAAGGACAGGACAAAUUAGAUCGUAAGAAAAGAAAGCUUCUAAGCUGUUGUUUAUAAAAUCCAAAAAAAUGAAGGGCAAAAGUCCUUCAAAAAACUUGUUGUGUAAUUCCAUAGUUGCUAGAUUAAGACCCGUCAUGUACCUUUUUACCAUAUUUAUAAACGAA